UAUAUACAUACAUAUGUAUAUCGCUGUAAUCCAAGCUUUGGGGAGGUGAAAUCCGAUUUCAGAUUGAUUUUCAGAGUCCGGGUUUUUUGGAUUAAUGGGGCUUUGUGGUAGCACCAAAGGAAAAAAGCCGUGCCAACAUAAACAUUCCAAAUCUCCCAAGAAGACUCCAGAAAAAAACUCAGGAAUUCAGAGAUCAAAUGAAACCAAAACCGUCUUUCCUUUGACAUCCAUCAAGGAUGUCAAAGAUCUACGGCAGAAUUCUGGAUACGGCAACGUUUGCAUACUCACUUAUGAGGAGACAAGGUUGGCUACAAAGGAAUUACGGCCAGACCAUGUCGUUGGCGAAGGGGGUUUUGGGGUCGUUCAUGAAAGACUCAUAGAUGGGAAUGUGAGGCCUGGUUUCCCAUCCACCAGAAGCAGACCCAGGAUAAAAAUUCAGGGGUCACACAAAAAGCGUAUCCCAAUUCUCACAAAACUGAAAAUAGGUGCUUGA